AUGUUCCUGAUCAGCCCGAUACUCUCGUACUUUGCAGUACCUCUCUCAACACUUCUGGCGCUCUCCCUCCUGUAUCGCUGCCGUGAUCAAUGGGGCUCCAAACAAGCCCACGAUCCCGACUUACCUUCUAGCAAUAAUUUCAUCUCAACUCUCCGUUCGCCUACCACGGCAUUUCAAGACGACGAUGUCUGUCCGCUCUGUCAUGAAGAGCUCAAGGAGAUCACUGCCCCGAUACUCCAGCUACCGCGUUGUCGUCACAUCUACUGCCGAACCUGCCUGGAAGCUCUCCUCGACCGCGGAAUGAACACAUGCGUCAUCUGCAGAGACAUUUUCUGCUGCCCUCGCGCACCCCCCGAGUUCCACCACUCCGUUCUCCGAUGGAACUUUGUCCUCUUCAACGCGGGCGUCUGUAUCCUGUACGAACCCGUCUUCAUGCUGCGCGUGGCGUUCGCGGGCGAUGAAGGCCAGGACCAGCCCCCAAUCUGGAAGUUUUCCCUGGGCAUUGGAUACUUUGUGGCGUAUGCUAUGAUCCACGUUGUCAAUUUGCUGAUCAUCUCGGAAGAGAGGUCGAACGAUCCGGAUGACUGGUGGUUGCGUUUGUAUGCGCGAUGGGAGGAGGUCAAGACCAGAGAGAGCAUUUGGGCUGCGGUCUCUCUUUUUACUUCGAUAUGGAUGUUGGUGGACGCGCAGGCGAUGCUUUGGAGGUUCAUGAAUGAAGAAUCGAUCGUCUAG